AUGGCAGCCCGACUCUCGUUCCUGGCUGGGAGGGCGUCGCAGCUCGCCAGUCCGACCAUUCGCCCUCCCCUCCCAUUUCUCAUCCCCCAAUUUCAACAGCCGCAGAUCCAGCAACAAACCCGCAAUGCCUCCAUCUUGAGUUCCCUGUCCGACAACCCCAGCGCAUACAACAAGAGGAUCCGGAGAGGUCGCGGUCCUGCUUCCGGGAAGGGAAAAACGUCAGGACGAGGUCACAAAGGUCAGAAGCAGCACGGAAAAGUCCCUGCUAAUUUCAACGGUGGACAAACGAAGGAGAUUAUUGUCCAUGGCGAAAGGGGAUUCACGAAUUACUUUGCCCUCGACCUGGUCACGGUGAAUCUAGACCGGAUCCAAGAAUGGAUUGACCAAGGCCGCAUCGAUCCCCGAUACCCCAUCACCGUGCGCGAACUUUUCCACUCAAACUGCGUGCACCAAUUCCGGGACGGCAUUAAACUCCUCGGCCGCGGCAAAGAGAACGCACUCAAACAGCCCAUCCACAUCGUCGUAUCGCGAGCCUCCGCCGACGCAAUUGCCGCUAUCGAAGCCAGCGGCGGCUCAGUCACCACCCGAUUUUAUACCAAUGCUUCUAUAAAGCGGAUUCUGAUGGAAGAGACCCACCCUUUCUACUCAAUGGCCUGGUCCGAGAAUAGUGGAAACGAGUUUCUCAAGAAGGCGCUUGUUGGUGGUGGUGAUGAAGAAGCAGCAGCAGCUUUGUCAGAGCCCAAGAUUAUGGCAAGAGGGAAUUUCACAUAUCGCUUACCGGAUCCUACGCAUCGAAAGGAUAUUGAGUAUUACCGUGAUCCGGCUCAUAGGGGUUAUUUGAGCUAUUUGGUGCAGCCUCACGAGGGUCCAAGUUUGUUCUUCCGUUCCCCUGCAGAGAGAAAGUCUUCUGCUGGUAUCAAGAAGGAGAAGACUUUGGCUCCGAACAGGCUUUGGUAG